AUGUUCUUCCAGGUAGGCCUACUACAAGUCGCCACCGCUUUGCCAUCGUUCAACACACUUUAUUCAAUGAGGAAUCUGGGAUCCCUCGACUGGAUGGGCGUAGUCUACGUGCUUUGUCACCGAGGCGGAAAAAGUUGCGGGACCAGGUCAUACUACACCAGCAGUGCAGCGCUUUAAAUAUGACCUGCUGGUGCUGCUGCUGCUUCUCGAAGAGGAGUAGGGCUGCUGCAGACUCGCUCUGAAGGACCGGAGACCCCCACCCAGAGAAGAGGAGACCCCCACCCAGAAAGGACCGGAGACCCCGGUCCAGAGAGGAGAAUCCCCAUCCAGAGGAGAGGAGACUGGGACCUCACAGCCACCAGUGGAUCACUUUCUCCCACGAUCCAAACUUUUGUUUUCCUGUGGUUAUUUGAUCACAACCAGGCGAUGUGAUUGUUAGAACUGUUCUUUUUAAAACUAUUUUUAAUAAAUAGGCUAGGGCGAUGUAGUUUGGCUCAACUUUAAGUGACAUUUCGAGCUACUUGUUAUCACCAUGGCAACGACCCUGAAGCCUCUGAACCGCGCCGUCGGCCUGCUGGGACUCCUGUGGGGCUGCCUGAGCGCCCUGCACGGCGCCCACUGCGGCUUCAGCGACAACCACGUGCACUCCAGCUUUAUUUAUAGGCGCCUGCGGAACCACGAGCGCAGGGAGAUCCAGAGAGAGAUCCUCUCCAUCCUCGGUCUCCCGCACCGCCCCAGGCCCUUCUCGCCCGGGAAGCAGGCGUCCUCGGCGCCCCUGUUCAUGCUCGACCUGUACAACGCCAUGUCCAUCGAGGAGGAGGAGGGAAUACAGCAGCCGCAGAGCGCGGGGAAAGGCUACGGCGGGAAGCACUACGGAGCCCCCACGCGUAAUAAGGCGCUACAUGCGUCGCCGUCCGCCCAGGGCUACUCCCGGAUGGCGCACUACCGCGCGGCACCCCUCACCAGCCAGAGCCCACCGCUGCCCCCCGCCGCCGCGGCCCAAGACACCAGCUUCCUCAACGAUGCUGACAUGGUCAUGAGCUUUGUUAACUUAGUGGAGAAAGAUAAAGACUUUUCCCACCAGCGGCGACACUACAAGGAGUUCCGCUUCGACCUCACCCAGAUCCCGGACGGGGAGGCGGUCACCGCCGCGGAGUUUCGUAUUCACAAAGACCGGGGCUAUGCCCGCUACGACAACGUCACUCUCAAGGUCACCGUCUAUCAGGUCGUCAAGGAGUUCCCCAACAAAGACGCAGAGAUGUGGCUGGUGUUUGACAUCACAGCCACCAGUAACCACUGGGUGGUCAACCCGCAGCAGAACAUGGGCCUGCAGCUCUGUGUGGAGACGCUCGACGGCAGGAGCAUCAACAUGAAGUCGGCGGGGCUGGUGGGCCGCGGCGGGCCCCAGUCCAAGCAGCCCUUCCUGGUGGCCUUCUUCAAGGUCAGCGAGGUGCUACUGCGCUCCAUCCGGGCGGCGGGGGGCAAGAAAGAACGCCACCGCAACAAGUCCGCCGGGCAGCAGGAGACGUCGCGGGCCCCCGGCGCCGGAGACCUCAACAUGAGUGAACAAAAGCAAGCCUGCAAGAAGCAUGAACUCUACGUCAGCUUUAGAGACCUGGGCUGGCAGGACUGGAUCAUUGCAACGGAGGGCUACGCAGCUUUUUACUGCGACGGAGAAUGCUCCUUCCCUCUCAAUGCGCACAUGAAUGCGACCAAUCAUGCCAUUGUGCAAACCCUGGUUCAUUUAAUGUUUCCUGAUAACGUGCCAAAGCCAUGCUGUGCCCCCACCAAGUUGAACGCUAUAUCAGUGCUCUACUUCGACGACAGCUCCAACGAUAUCCUUAAGAAAUAUAGAAAUAUGGUAGUGAGGUCUUGUGGCUGCCAUUAAGCGUGAAGAGUCACUGUUUAUUUAUGAUAGGUGGUAUAACCCAAAAAUAAAUAUAUGUUCCACAGAUGUGAUCCAAUGUACAGUAUUAUGUAUAUAUGUUUUGAUAUCUAAUUUAUUUUCCACUCUUUUG